CAAAGAGGAAAGCGCGCACCCGGCCUGAAUCCUGCCUAGUAUUCAACGUUACUGUUCUACCGUCCUUUCUUGUUCGAUCGAAUCAUGGAUGGGAUAUUUUCAUGCCGAGCAAGUAUUUAUUACGACCAGGGCGGUCGGAAAUACAUGGAGGACCUAGUAACGAUGAAGCAGGAGGAUGAGCCGAGUGAGGAUGAACUGGACGCCGCCGAACGUGGCGAGGUCGAGGCACCAGCAAAAGACCCAAACCCUGACGCUUCAAUUCAAGACUCCAUCCCCGGAUCUAUCACGGUUACGUAUAUUCAAGACGACGAGCCAAUCUCUACUCUUCAGCAUGCGUCGAUGCCCUCGUCCGUACACGCCCGUCGGCCGCGCGCCGUGGCUCUGUUUGCGGUGUUCGAUGGACAUGGGGGUCCGGACGCCGCACGCUUUGCUCGCGACCAUUUGUGGGAUCACAUCAAAAAACAAAGAGGGUUUUGGUCCGAGGACGACGACGAGGUGUGCGCUGCUCUGCGAAAAGGGUUCAUCACUUGUCACCAUGCCAUGUGGAAAAAAUUACCGGAAUGGCCAAAAACAGUUACAGGACUCCCUAGCACAUCGGGCACAACUGCAAGUAUUGUGGUAUUAAGACGUGACCGUAUGUACGUUGCCCAUGUUGGUGACUCCGCAGUAGUGUUAGGGGUGCAGGAUCACCCCUCUGAGGAGUUCAUCCGAGCAGUGGAAAUUACUCAAGACCACAAACCUGACCUCCCAAAGGAAAGAGAGAGAAUAGAAGGGCUCGGUGGCAGUGUGAUUAAAAAGUCUGGAGUUAACAGGGUGGUGUGGAAGAGGCCUAGACUUACCCACAAUGGACCAGUGAGGAGGAGCACCGUCAUAGAUCAGAUCCCUUUUUUGGCUGUGGCCCGAGCUCUUGGUGAUUUGUGGAGUUAUGACUUCUACAGUGGAGAGUUUGUAGUAUCCCCAGAGCCUGAUACUGCUGUUAUCAAGCUGGAUUUGAAGCAGCACCGCUACAUUAUCUUAGGCAGUGAUGGGUUAUGGAACAUGGUAUCACCGCAGGAGGCUGUGUCUAUUUGUCAGGACAAUGAUGAGGCCAAGGCGAAGAACCAAAAGGGAAAUGUUUCAAAUGCUGUUCUGCUUGUGAACCAUGCCUUAUUGAGAUGGCGUCAGCGCAUGCUCCGUGCUGAUAAUACCAGUGCCAUUGUUAUCUCUUUGGAGUCAUUUGGGACAUCCAGCGAGUGUUUGCCACCUUAUGAGACCGUGUACAAUCUUCAAGGAACAAAAUGUGGCGCUGUUUCUAAACCUUGCACCAACUCUUUGCAGACUCAGGUUCCUGAUGCUCCAGUACAGCCCAUCCUGGAACAAAAAAAUAACAGCUCUGGUGCAAGCAUAAUAUUUGAAUCUUCUGACAGCCUUACAAACUCUGAGGACCUGCCCUGUAAUGACUUGCUGGAAAAUGGGGCCAGUUGUGACCGAACACCGACUGGCAAACGGGUGCUCGAGGAUUUCUCCUCCUCUCCUGUGGGGAAGAAGCCCCGUAGUAGUUUGACCCAGUCCUCUCUUAAAGAGUCCUCUUGUACAUCCUUGCAAAUACCAAGUACAGAGCCCUCGGCCAGGAACAAUGGUGAUGGAAGUGGUCAGUCUGAAAACGCCCAAGUGUUGCUUCAGCAUGGGAAGACUACUGUAUGUGUUUGCUGACAUUUGUGCUGCUGUUACAAUGCAAUCCAUUCAUUCAUGCUGGACGGUCAGACUCUGAUAUUCAUAUAGUUUAUAUAAGCUAUCGAGAAACCAAAUCCUGAAACAAGUAACAAUGUCAAAAGAAAAAAAAAAUCACCCGCUUCCAUUCACAACACUCCAGCUUUAGUGUGUUUUGUGUUAUACUUUAUAUUUUACAGACCAUUGAAAAUGAAAAUGUGAGAUUUUGUCUGAUUUUAAAUGAGUUUUAAUUUUUACACCUUUGUAUGUCCACUGCUCACUUCUAUUACGCUUCGGGUCAGUCAGGUAGAGAUGAUGGGUCAACUAGGGAUAUUUGCACUUUACUUUGGAUUUGUGCUGCCUGGAGAACUGUGGGGGAAAAUGACCAAAAAAGAAAUUAUCUUCUGAGAAGAUAUCUCUCUGCAGCUAACAUGUCACCUGUUUCAAAAAUAGUUUUUGGGAUCAAUGCUAUUGGUUGUAUUUGUACAUGGUUUUAAUUGACAAGGAGAACGGUAAAUCAUUUGUAGUGUUCACUGAUAUCUUAACCCUGUGUCAUAAGGUUUAAUAUUAAUGUAGAAUGUGAGCAUGAACUUUAUGAAUUAUGCAUUUUAAACAGUUAUUUUAAUGUUUCCACGGAUUUCAUUAACAUUGUUUUUGUCUCUCUGAUGGGAGUAAGUGUCAUUCUAAACUGAAGGUGCUGCUAUGCUAAACAGGUCAAUAAAAAAAAAAAACGUUUUCGUCAAUAAAAACAUAGGAUGUA